ACAGAACCCACCUUCAAAACCCUAAACCCUAAAUUUGUGUUUUUGACUUUUUUUCUCGUCUCUCUCCGGGCCUCUCCUAUCUUAAAAGCCCUAAACGCUCCAUUUUACGUUCACCAUAACCCUAGCAACCCCCAAAACCCUUUCCACUUCAGAGAAGUGACCUAACUCUCAGUAGCAACACUCUCUCAACCAUGUCUGACCUCGAGAUUACUCGCUCAGAGAAAAAGAAGAAGAAGAACAAAUCCAAAGACGAGACCCACCAAGACUCUGACCCAAUCGAUACGCAGACCGAUGGUUUCCUGAUCAAACCCCAGAGCUUUACACCCACCAUCGACACUUCUCAGUGGCCAAUCCUUCUUAAGAACUACGACCGCCUCAAUGUACGAACCGGACACUACACUCCUCUUCCGUCCGGUUACUCACCUCUCAAACGCCCACUCGUUGAGUACAUUCGGUACGGUAUUCUCAAUCUCGAUAAACCCGCAAACCCCUCUUCUCAUGAGGUUGUGGCUUGGAUCAAACGAAUCCUCCGGGUUGAAAAAACGGGUCACAGUGGAACCCUAGACCCGAAAGUCACUGGAAACCUCAUUGUCUGUAUAGACCGAGCCACAAGGCUUGUCAAAUCCCAACAAGGGGCUGGAAAAGAGUACGUUUGUGUAGCUCGAUUGCAUUCGGCAGUGCCUGAAGUCGCGAAAGUAGCUCGAGCACUUGAAACGCUGACCGGCGCCGUUUUUCAGCGGCCACCGCUGAUCUCGGCGGUGAAAAGGCAGCUUAGGGUUAGGACUAUAUAUGAGAGUAAGCUUUUGGAGUAUGAUGCGGGUAAGCAUUUGGUGGUAUUUUGGAUUUCUUGCGAGGCGGGCACUUAUGUGAGGACUAUGUGUGUGCAUUUGGGUUUGAUUUUGGGUGUGGGAGGGCAUAUGCAGGAGUUGAGGAGAGUCCGGUCAGGGAUUAUGGGUGAGAAAGAUAAUAUGGUGACUAUGCACGAUGUGAUGGAUGCACAAUGGAUUUAUGAUAAUUAUAGAGAUGAGAGUUACUUGAGGAGGGUGAUCAUGCCUUUGGAGGUUCUUUUGACCAGUUAUAAGAGGUUGGUUGUGAAGGAUUCCGCGGUGAAUGCAAUUUGUUAUGGUGCUAAGUUGAUGAUUCCGGGGUUGUUGAGAUUUGAAAAUGAUAUUGAGGUUGGGGAGGAAAUUGUAUUGAUGACUACUAAGGGAGAGGCAAUUGCAUUGGGUAUUGCAGAAAUGACUACGGCCGUUAUGGCUACUUGUGAUCAUGGGGUUGUUGCGAAGAUUAAGAGGGUAGUAAUGGAUCGGGAUACUUAUCCGAGGAAAUGGGGCUUGGGACCAAGGGCUUCAAUGAAAAAGAAGUUGAUUGCAGAGGGCAAGUUGGAUAAGCAUGGGAAGCCGGUUGAUAGUACCCCAGCUGAGUGGUUGAGGAAUGUGGUUCUCCCAGCAGGAGGUGAUUCGAUGGUUGCAAGCCUUGCGGCUGUGAGUGAGCCAAUAUUGGGUAAUGCAGAGACUCCAGUGAUUGAGGCAGGAGGUGAUUCGAUGGUUGCAAGCCUUGCGGCUGUGAGUGAGCCAGUAUUGGGUAAUGCAGAGACUCCAGUGAUUGAGGGUGAGAAGAAAAAGAAGAAGAAGCAUAAAGAUAGGGAAGAUGGUGAUGAGGGGCGUAAGCGCAAAUUGGAGGAGAUUGAUAGUAGUCCUGUGGCAGAUGGUGCUAAGAAAGCAAAGGUUGCAGAAGUUGAGGAAACUGUGCUGGUGAAAGAGAAGGUUGAAUUGAAGAAGGUUGCAGGAGUUGAGGAAACUGUGCUGGUGAAAGAGAAGGUUGAAUUGAAGAAGGUAGGUGAAGAGGUUUUGGAGGUGCAAGUUGAAAAGAAAGAGAAGAAAAAGAAAAAGAAGAAAGAGGAUGGUGAAGCUUUAUCGCCUGAUGGUGAAACAGCUAAGAAAGAGAAGAAAAAGAAAGAUAAAGAGAAGGGUGAGUCUGGGUCAUCUGAUGAAGAGAAAUCUGAGAAGAAGAAAAAGAAGAAAAAGAAUAAAGGUGCAGAGAAUGGUGAUACCUCUGCGUUGCCCUCAGCUACCAUUGGGAGUGAUGAUGAAGUAACCAAAAGUGAGAAGAAGAAGGAAAAGAAGAAGAAGAAAAAUAAGGAUGCAGAAGUGGAGUAGAUCAAAAGAUUGGUCUGACCUGAGAAAUACUUGUAUGUAUGCCAGCUUAUUUAUCAUCGCCAAUGACAUGUAUGUGUUCAGAGAUUUAUCUUCUGUUGCACGUAGCGGGCACAACCUGUUUUCAGUCUUGAGUUUGGAUAUGAGACUGGUUUAUUUAGCUUAUUAGUUUCAGUUGGUUUCUUGUACCUUUUAUUUUCUUUUGGCUGGUAUUUGAGAUCUGGUACGUUUUUUCUUGAAAUUAUUGUUAGCUCAGUUUUCAUAAUAUGCUUUAAAUUCUGUACUCUUGUAGUAUUGUUGAUAUUGACGUGUUUCUAUGUGUGGUGAAUUUUGUAUGAUAUCAAUUAUCAACCAUGGUAUGCAUCAUCAGGUUAUAGUUAUUUGUUAGUUUCAAAAUUGUUAAAUCAAAUUGGCACCAUCAGUUAGUUUAGCAUAUUAAUUGCAACAUUCUUAGCAACUGUGGCUGAAAGUUUAUAAAUUGUUGGUGUUGACAGUUUCACUGGUUUAUUCUUGGUGCAAAUGCCCCUUGAGUUGAAUUCUGCCUGUUGAUUUUUAUUUUUUUUUGGGAGACACCCCUCCCUCUCCCUCUCUCUCUC